AUGGAUGUUCUAGACGAGAAAGUAAACGGAGGUCCUCCCCUUGAAGUUAACGAGGUUAUUUCUGUUCGAGACCAUGAGGCAUUCGCCGCCAAGCACCUCCCUGACAUGGGCUACGAUGUCAAAGACUUUCAAGUUUCUCAUUGGCGGGUAGGGAACUGGAAGAAACUGGACAAGAAACUCACGGGUCCAGAGUUUGAAUGUGGUGGUCAUAAGUGGCGUAUCCUGCUCUUCCCAUUUGGCAACUCUAAUGCCCCUCCAAAUGACACUGUAUCUGUCUAUCUUGACUAUGCGGACCCUAAGAAAGCGCCGGAGGGCUGGCACGCAUGUGCACAGUUUGCGCUAGUUAUAUCAAAUAUCAAUGAUCCUACGGUGUUCACUGUCAGCCAUGCCCAUCAUCGAUUCAUCGCUGAAGAAUGCGACUGGGGUUUCACCCGGUUUAGUGAAUUGAAAAAGCUCUUCUCUAAACAGGAGGGUCAUACUCGACCGACAAUCGAGGAAGAUUCUGCAGAUAUAUCUGUCUUUGUGCGCGUUUUGGAAGAUCCCACCGGUGUGCUUUGGCACAAUUUUGUCAAUUAUGAUUCGAAAAAGGAAACAGGAUUCGUCGGUUUAAAGAACCAGGGUGCGACUUGUUACAUGAACUCGUUGCUCCAAUCGCUCUACUGUACUCGAUAUUUCCGUCGAGCUGUAUAUCAAAUUCCUACGGAAGAUGACCAUCCGACUGAGAGCGUCGCCCUCGCUCUACAGCGUGUGUUCUAUCACCUUCAAACCUCUGAUCAGCCCGUAGGCACAACUGAGCUGACCAAGUCCUUUGGUUGGAAGUCACUGGAUUCUUUCUUGCAACAUGACGUUCAAGAGUUCAAUCGCGUCUUGCAAGAUAAGCUAGAGUCUAAGAUGAAGGGUACUAUAGCAGAAGGUGCUAUUGCCAAACUCUUUUUAGGAAAGAUGAAAAGCUACAUCAAGUGCGUCGGCGUGAAUUAUGAGUCAUCAAGGAGCGAAGAGUUCAAUGAUAUCCAACUCAACGUCAAGGGCAUGAAGAACCUUUACGAGUCCUUCAAAGAUUACGUAGCGGUCGAAACUCUGGAUGGGGAGAACAAAUACCAAGCCGAAGGUUACGGACUCCAAGACGCCAAGAAAGGCAUAAUCUUUGAGUCCUUUCCGCCUGUCUUGCACCUACAACUCAAGCGUUUUGAGUACGACAUCCAGCGUGAUGCCAUGGUCAAAAUUAACGAUCGCCAUGAAUUCCCGUUUGAGAUUGACCUUGCAGAAUUUUUAGAUCCUUCGGCAGAUCGAUCGAAACCUUGGUUGUACAAGCUUCAUGGAGUCUUGGUGCACUCGGGUGACCUUCAUGGCGGACAUUACUUCGCUUUGAUCAAACCUGAUCGUGAAACGCGGUGGUUAAAGUUUGACGAUGAUCGUGUGACACCCGUUACCGACAGGGAGGUCCUGGAAGAAAACUACGGUGGGGAAGUGUUGAAUGGCAUGCAUCAGGGGUUGCAGCAGCGAAAUCAGACCCGUGCAGUGAAACGAUUCACAAAUGCGUACAUGCUGGUGUACAUUAGGGAGUCGGCGAUUGAUGAAGUACUGCCUCCAUUCACGGAGGAGGAUACCCCUGCUCACCUUAAGCGACGGCUGGACGAAGAGCGGUUACAGAUAGAAGCCAAGAAGCGAGAAAGAGAAGAGCAGCAUCUGUUUUUGACGGCCAAAGUCAUAACCGAUGACACGUUUGCUCAUCACGAGGGCUUUGAUCUGGCCACCUUUGAUGACAAGAACUGGCCGCCCUCUGAUUUGCCGAGCUUCCGCGUAUUGAAACAGGAAACAUACAAAGUCUUCAAGGCUCGGGUCGCUCAACAUUUCCAUUAUCCGGAAAAUCUAAUUCGACUAUGGGUUCUUGUCAACCGACAAAAUAAGACUGUUCGCCCUGACACCCAUAUUCCCGAGAACGAGCCGACAUUGACUGUCGAGGUGAUCCGUAACAAUAUGGCGGCGAGACAAACCGAUCUUCGGCUAUAUCUGGACGUCAUCCCGGAUCCAAGCAAGACCGACAUCCCUCCGCAAUCCAUUAUGGUCUUCCUGAAACACUUCGAUACCUCAAAGCAAACACUACUAGGUGCCGGGAAGGUUUAUAUGCUCCGAACGAGCAAAGUUGGCGAUUUGAUUCCUCUCAUCAACGAACGGAUGCGAUGGACACCAGGGACUCCAAUCAAGUUGUAUGAGGAAAUUAAACCUGGCAUGAUCGAAGCAAUGAAACCAAAGAUGACAUUCGCCCAAAGCGAGAUUCAAGAUGGGGACGUGAUUUGUUUCCAGGUUGAUCUGCCGGACAAAGAAAUUCACGAUCUUGAGAGCCAGGGCCUACACUCUAAUCCCAUGGGAUAUUACGAUUUCCUGCAAAAUCGGGUUAUGAUCAUCUUUCGACCUAAGACAGACGAAUCCGAUCCAGAAUUCAAUUUGGUGUUGAGCAAGAAGCACAACUACGACACAAUGUCUAUGAAAGCCGGAGAAUAUCUACGACACGAUCCUAUUAAACUACGAUUCACGACCACUCAUGCUACUAACGGACAACCGAAGUCAAUUCUCAAACGGUCUUUGAACCAGAGCGUAGGAGAAAUCAUGACCCCGUAUUACACGACAAGUACAGUCAUUCUCUAUGAGAAGUUGGACGUCAGUAUAGUUGAACUGGAGACCAAGCGAAGUUUAAAGGUCGUAUGGACUGGUAUUCACAACAAGGAGGAGGCAUCUCAUUCCUUCCUGCUUCCUAAAACCAGCUCCGUACACGAUUUGGCAGAGAAUCUCGCAAAGCUCGUGACGUUGACGCCAGCAGGUACAGGGAAAAUCCGGGUUUUCGAGAUAUCGAAAGACGGAAAGACGCAGAAGGAGUUUACCGGCUCAGAAAUGAUAGGGAACAUCCCUGACCCAGUGGAACUGUAUGCCGAGGAAAUCCCUCGAGAAGAACUAGAAGCCGAUGACUCUGACAAGGUCAUUGGUGUCUUCCACUUUUCGAAAGAGGUUUCUCGUACACAUGGAGUGCCUUUCAAAUUUGUUGUCAAACGGGGCGAGAAGUUCGCUGACACGAAAAAGCGACUACAAACACGGAUAGGUGUAUCUGAUAGAGAUUUGGCUAAAUAUCGAUUUGCCUUGAUUCAAGUGUCUACGUUCAAGCAACCAUCGUACAUCGAAGAUGAUGAUACCAUCUACGAACAUCAGUUUGCUCCCGAAGACGUGCUCGGCCUUGACCAUGUAGACAAAUCCGGGAAAACAAGAUCUGGCGCUGGGGAGAAAGCAAUCGUAAUCAGAGGAUAA